AAAUUUUAAUCCAAUUAAGUUAAGACGACAACUGUAACAGAGAACCCUAGAUCUCUGUUGCCGUUCUUAAACCCUAAUUCCUAAGCCUCUCCGUCUCCUCCAAAGAUCUCGGAAACCUGCGUCUCUGCUUGCUUAUUCUUCGCACGAACAAUGACUGCAGAGAAAGUAAAUCCCAAGGCGUACCCUUUGGCCGACGCACAACUUACAAUCACCAUUCUUGAUCUUGUUCAACAAGCUGCUAACUACAAGCAAAUCAAGAAGGGCGCCAAUGAAGCAACCAAGACGCUGAACAGAGGUAUAUCUGAGUUCGUUGUGAUGGCCUCUGAUACCGAGCCGCUUGAAAUCCUCCUUCAUCUUCCGCUAUUAGCCGAGGAUAAGAAUGUGCCCUACGUGUUUGUCCCGUCUAAGCAAGCACUUGGCCGAGCUUGUGGAGUUACAAGACCUGUUAUAGCUUGUUCUGUGACGACAAAUGAAGGAAGCCAAUUGAAGUCGCAAAUACAGCAACUGAAGGAUGCCAUUGAAAAGCUCCUGAUUUGAAGAUAUAGUCAAUUGUGUGUUUUCGGUGUGAUGGGCUUCUUGUUUCUCGGUGGUCGCUCCAUUGGGGCUCUAACUGAUGUGGGUUGUGCAAGUGGAGGAAUAUGUUUCAAUUGUAACAACCACUAAAAUUUUCUUUCCCAAGAGAUACGAUAUUUAUUGAGAAAUGAUAAUGGUCAUUCUUAUGUUUGCCAUA